AUGACCCGCAGAAUGCUAACUCUACAUUCCUCGACGUUAUUUGAUCCACGAAAGAAGGCGUUCAUAAACAAUGUCUCUAUCAAAAUCGACACGCAGUCUGGCGGCAUCGCAGACGUAUAUACUAGGGCCUCAGACGAUGAAAUUCGCGGUGACGACAUCGAUCUCAGGGGCAAAGUCGUGAUGCCAGGCUUCGUCGAUGCGCACACGCACAUUUUUCUCCACCCUUACAGUGAGCGCUCUUCAACUGAGCAAAUGCGCGACGAGUCCAUCGUCGAGCGCACAGUACGGGCCACGAACCAUGUCCGCGAGGCGCUCCUCUCAGGGUACACGACAUACCGUGACCUGGGCAGCGAGGCGAUGGAGAACUUCGACGCCAACCUGCGCGACUGCAUCAACCGCGGCCUCAUCCCGGGCCCACGUCUCUUCGUGGCCACCCAUGCCCUGGCGUCGUCAUCAGGGUAUGACAUCCGCAGCGAGAACCGGCAGAAUGGGCUUCAGCUGCCACGAUCGUCAGAUGCGGCGGAUGGGCCGUGGGAUGUGCGGCGCGCGGUAAGACGGCGUGUUGGUGACGGAGCGGAUGUCAUCAAGUUCUACGCGGACUACAGGCGCAAGGUCAUGCGGUUCCCCCCGCUCCACCCGGCUGUUGUAGGGGACGCCCCUGGGGCCGGGAUCAGGUUCCCCCCAACACACGCGGAGGUCAACCCUGCGGUGCCUCUCUUCAGCCAAGAAGAGAUGACAGCGGUGGUGGAAGAGGCUCAUGCGGCAGGGCUGCCGGUGGCGGCUCACGCGGGGACGGUGGAGGGAGCAGCGAUGGCAGUGAGGGCUGGGGUGACCAGCGUGGAGCACGUGAAUGAGAACACAGACGAGCUCUGGGCAGAGAUGGCGCGUUGUGGUACAAUCUUCACCCCAACGCUGGCCAUCUUCAAGCUGGCGCUUCCCAGGGCGGAGUACGUGAAGGUGCAGGCGAGGGUCAAGAGGGCCUACGACAUGGGAGUCAGGCUCGCGACUGGUGGAGACACGGGGACUUUUGCGCACGGCGAGGGGGUGAGGGAGAUGGAGCUCCUGAUGGAGGCGGGCAUCCCGGUUGCUGAUGUGCUCGAGGCGUGUUUUGUGGGAGGCUGGGAGGCGUGCGGCAAGGACGCGUGUGGCUUCAGGUUUGGCUUGAUCGAGAAGUCGGCGAGGGCGGAUAUCAUCGCGCUCGACUCAGACCCGAGGUACGACAAGAAGGCGCUCAGGAAGGUAAGCUUCGUCUGCAAGGACGGACAAGUCUACAAGAGAGGUGGCCAGCCGGUCGGUCUACCAGGCGAGCACACAUGGGGCGAUGCCAAGGGAGAGACAAGGAACGAGGAGGAGGGGCAGCAGCAGGAGGACGAGGAGGACGACGACGACAAAUGGGUCAGGGUGUGA